UUAAAAAUACUUUAAAAGGGUUGGGGUAGAUAGCAUAAUGAUUAUGCAAAGAGACUCUCAUGCCUGAGUUUCCAAAAUCUCAGGUUCAAUCCCUCGCCCCACCAUAAGCCAGAGCUGAACAGAGCUCUGGUAAAAAAUAACAAUAAUAAUAAAUAAAUAAAGAGGCUUUCUGUUGCUUCCCAUCGCCAUGAGCUGUACCAGCCCGCAGGUAUGCUCCACAGGGAGUGGAGCAUACCUGACUCAGGCACCUGUGUGGAAGGCCAGAUGUAAGGGCAUAGCAGAGUGGCUUUCUGAGGGGCCUACCUCUAAAGUUCCAGAUGUGACCUCAGAGGGUAGUUAUGACCUCACAGGUUACAUCACCACAUUCUUCAUAGCAACAUCCCAACAGUUUUUCUUCAAGAAAACAUUUGAACAGAGACUAUGACUGAUAUAAUCUUGUACAUAAUAUCGGAUUUAUCUUCUGUCCCAUGGAAGGGCAGUACAGCAGCAGCCGUGCCUCCCACAUCUCGUCCGACACCUGGGUACUACCACAUCCUCUAUAAAGGGUGGAGGGAAACCCAGGUGGGCUGGCAUGGAGAGACAUACUGCUUGGCUAGAGGCUGUCGGGCUUUUGGUGAUGCUCCUCUGCCUAUACUGGCAGAGAAUCCUGUCGUCAAGUAUGCUCACAAAAGACACCUUUUGUCAUCAACGGAGGAUGACUUUGAACGAGGUUGCCCCAGACCCAAAAAGGCAAAAUUACAGCUUCAAUGCCGAAGGUUGACAAGAAGGAAGAACAUAAAACCCCGAAGGCGCUGAAUCUGACACAUCAAAAGCCUGGAGCCACAAGGACCUGUCCCUGACCCUGGGGCCAUUCUCACCACAAGCUUCUAUGGGAUAACCUAUGAAGUUUUAGUCACAGCCAGAAAAUCCUGGAAAGACUGCAAGGAG